AUGAGACUCAUCAGUUCAUUUGUCCUCGCCUGCAAUGCCGUCCUCGGAGCAUCCCAAUUGAUGGGCACUCCCUCAUACGAGUUCCUCUACACCGUCAAUGCAACACUCGGCGAACGGUGGCAAAUCGGCGACUACCAUCAAGGAAGUCGUGUCGUUAUCCCCAUCACAGGCGGGACAUUCAAGGGUCCUCGCAUGUCAGGAACGGUGUCCAACCUCGGCGCCGACUGGGGUUUGACGGAUACCAAGGGCAUCUUUUUCCCCGACACCCGAUACAACCUCAGAACAGACGAUGGUGUCGAUAUUUAUAUCCAGACUCAGGGACCCACGCAGCCUGAUGGACGUACCUUGCUGAGGGGGACAUUCCAGGCCGGGCACCCGGAUUAUGAGUGGUUGAACUACAUCCUUGCUGUCGGUGUCUUGCAGAGACCACCUGCUGAGUCCAAGGGCAAGUAUGUUGUCAUUGAUAUGUGGCAGGUUAGUUGUUCCUAUUGGUAA